AUGGCGCCGUAUGAAGCUUUGUACGGAUGGCCUUGUCAGUCACUAAUAUGUUGGACAGAAGUCGAAGAAGCACCUCUUUUAGGACCAGAGUUGGUUCAAGAAACUACCGAGAAGAAAGAAAGGAAAGUUCUUACCUCGCUUCAUUGGGCCUUUCGAAAUUUUGGACAAAAUAGGAGAAGUGGCGUAUCAUUGGCUCUACCACCUCAACUGGCUGGAGUACAUAAUGUUUUCCAUGUCUCUAUGCUACGGAAAUACGAGCCACACCCUUCUCAUAUCAUCAAUUGGGAGGAAAUUAAUCUUGAUGAAGAUGUGACAUUUGAAGAAAAGCCUGUUAAAAUUUUGGAUCGUCGCGAGAAGAAAUUACGAGGUAAAACUAUACUGUUGAUUCGAGUUCUCUAG